AUGCAUAAUUCCUUUAGUAAGUUGUGGGAAGUGACAUGCAAUCCAUACGUUACACAUGACAGUAAGCAUUUACACUUCUCAUCUGACCCUCGUAAUGUCAGACUUGGAUUAGCUGCGGAUGGGUUCAACCCCUUCGGAAUUAUGAGUACUAGUCACAGUACGUGGCCUGUCAUGUUGGUCCCGUACAAUCUCCCACCUUGGCUGUGCAUGAAACGGUCAUCUUUGAUUCUAUCAUUAGUUAUUCCUGGUCCUACCUCGCCAGGGAUUGCUAUAGAUGUGUACUUGGAACCGUUAGUAGAAGAACUAAGGGAGUUAUGGGAUGUUGGAGUACAAGAAUACGAUGCAUCUUCAAAAGAAGUAUUCCAAUUGCGUGCAGCCUUAAUGUGGACCAUAAAUGAUUUUCCUGCAUAUGCAGAUUUGUCGGGUUGGAGUACCAAAGGUGAGUUGGUGUGUCCUUAUGCCGUGAAGACCGAGUCUCGAUAUUUGAGAAAUGGUCGUAAAUUCUGUUACAUGGGACAUUGGCGAUGGUUGGAUGUUGACCACAAUUUCUGCAAAGAUGGUAUGUCAUUUGAUGGAUCUAAUGAUACUCGAUUGGCUCUUGAACCACCGGUCGCAUCUGACAUUAUUGUGGAAACUGAACAUUUACUUGGACGUUGUCUAGGUAGGAAAUGUCAACUUGCUUACAAAAAAAGGAAGAGAAGGGAGGUAGACCAGAGUGGUUGGAAGAAAAGGAGUAUAUUUUUUACCUUGCCUUAUUGGGAGGAUCACAAGUUGCGACACAAUCUUGAUGUUAUGCAUAUAGAGAAGAAUGUGAUGGACAAUAUACUAAGCACACUGUUGAACUUGAAGGAUAAAACGAAGGAUAAUUACAAGGCACGCCUUGACUUGGCGGACAUGGGGAUAAGGAGUGAACUCCACCUACAACGAAAAAGUGAUGAUCAGUAUACCAUACCGGCCGCAUGUUAUCAUAUGACUUCAUCGGAGAUAGAUGGUUUCUUGCAAGUUUUGAAGGACGUAACAGUUCCCGAUGGGUACGCUUCCAAUAUCUCACACCGGGUGAAUAUGAAAGAACGCAAGAUUUCUGGUUUGAAGAGUCAUGAUAAUCACAUAUUGAUGCAGCAACUUUUUCCCAUAGCAUUACGUGGGUCUUUGCCAUCUCAUGUUACUAGGCCUUUGAUAAAGUUAGCUUGCUUCUUUAGAGAAAUUUGUUCCAAAACGCUUAUGGUUUCAGAUAUUGUGACUAGUGAGGCAGACAUUGCAGUGACAUUGUGUGAAUUGGAAAAGAUAUUUCCUCCAUCCUUCUUUACAGUGAUGGUACAUUUGGUCAUGCACUUAGCUGCUGAAGCUAAGAUUGGUGGUCCAGUGCACUACCGUUGGAUGUAUCCCAUUGAGAGGUACCUCUCACGUCUUAAGUCUUACGUACAAAAUAGAGCUGCUCCGGAAGGGUCUAUUGCUAAAGGAUACAUAGUAGAGGAGUGCUUAACAUUUUGUUCACGGAUGCACAAAAGAUUGAUAGAGGAUGAACUUCGAAAAGGCCACAAUCGUAACGUUUCCGAUGCCAGUAUAUAUAAGCACCACAUGGAGAAGUUUUGUACUUGGUUUAGGGGUCACGUGAUGUCCCUUACUGGUGCUGAUAAGGAAAGGGAGGGAGUUAGUGAUACCCUUGUUGCAUUGUCCAAAUGGCCGUAUAUUUAUGUAAAGCGGUUCAAGCAUUAUAUUAUAAAUGGCUUAAAAUUUAGGAGUGUCAAUGAUGAGGCAAACAGGAAAACGCAGAAUAGUGGAGUUAGUGUCGCUACUGAUGGGGGCAAUACUUACUAUGGUAUUUUAAGUGAUAUAAUCGAGUUGAAUUAUUCUGACAAUAUCAAACAUGUGUUAUUCAAGUGUAAAUGGGUUCAUGACCAACAUAGGAGAGGAUAUAGGACUGAUGAAUUUGGGUUUCCUAUGGUAAACUUUACACACUUCAUACAUAGUGGGGAUAAAAUGAUGGAUGAACCAUAUGUCUUGGCAUCUCAAGCUACACAAGUUUUUUAUGUGGAAGAUAAAAGACACAAGGAUUGGUAUGCUGUUGUCAAAACUAAAGCUAGAGACGUGUUUGAUGCUGGUGUUGGUCCCCAACGUGAGGAGGAUGACACAUAUAGUUUUUCUGAAAAUGUUCCCUACAAUAUAAGUACUAAUGAGGUUGUGAGUGACAACCUUCGUUGGGCUCGGGAUGAUCUAGAGAGAAUGACAAUUGAUGCCUCGAUCAUUGCUGAAAGAGAUCUUCAUGGAGUAAAAGAUGAAGAUGAGUUUAUUGACGAUGAGUCUGACAAUGAAGAUGACAACAAUAAUGAGUACACCGAGGAUGAGUAG